AUGCUGCAGACGAUGUGCCGCGUGCAGGGACAGAUGCAGAGCGGUGGUGGUGGUGGUGGCAGUGCAGCUGUGAGUGUGGGAGUUGGUUCUGGUAGCAGCGCUGUACAAAGUGGCGCCAAAGACGAAGAGGCUGAUGUUGUUGGCGUUGGCUCCGGCAGCGUGGUUAGCAGUGGUGUUGUUAGCGGCAGCACUGGAGUGCAAAACACAACAACAUUUGAUAGUGAUCAACUAAAUCCACAAGAAUGCACGCCAGAAAUGUUAUUCUUGCAUGGUACUCCCGCGCAAGUAUUGUACAACUUGGGUGUUUUGAAUGGCCUACUCAUACCCGCAUUGGAUCCUUACGGCGAGGCGGCACUGCAAGUGCAAUCUGCUUGGCUGCACUCGGGUUGCGCGCAUUUCAUUUUGGAGUUACUAACCAAAAAUAAUUUCCUACCCAAUGCUGAUAUGCACACCAAACGUGCUGCGUUUCAUUGUGUGUUGCGUCUGGCCAGGUUGUUCCUCUACACUGUUGGCUAUGUGCUAUCACGUGUCGGCGACGAGCCAAUGCUUCGUGACUUUGAUGUUGGCGCACGCUCACAAGUCGAAAUACUUAAGCAAAUACUGAGCUCAAUACCGAAUAAUUCGGAGAGCACCAUGCGCGCUAUUUCCACGAAGUUAGCUGAAAUUUUAGCUGCGGAAAUGCUUUCGGCCAGUGCCGAAGGCGAACGCUGUCGCAUCCUAUUUAGUUCGACGUUGCAAUGGUCCUCUCCGGACAUUACGACUAUUAAGGCAGUCAUACAAUUGGCUUGGUCGUCAUCCUGUGGCAAUCUGCAGGCGCUUGGUAAUAAGAAUGACUUCGCUAACGACAUCACAAUGCCGGAUGCACAAGAUUUCGCAAUGUGCAAAGAGGCUUUAGAAGUGCUAACCAUUUCAUUGGUGCUUAAUCCGAGUGCUAACGAGGCGUUGAGUAACGAUCCCAUUUGGCCGAAAUUCAUUACAUCGCUUAUACUAAAGAAUCCAUCGCGCCAUGUGCGUCAAAUAGCUGCUGAUCAGCUGUUUCUUUCGUGCACCUAUUGCGCCGGCGACCGACGUCCAUUCGCUUACAUGGUAAAUCUGCUCGUAAAUUCAUUGAAGGUACUGGUGCCGCAAUACGAGGCCACAUGCGCUGACUUCUUUCAACUGCUGUGCCGCACACUCUCGUACGGAAGCGUAUGUAAUUGGCCGCUCAACAUCGGCGAUGGUCUGCUGACUGAGGAGAUCAAUUGGUUGCAAAAGAUACGCGAGAAUGUUUUAGUCACCGGCGAUAUACAGGUGCAUGAAGAUUUGUUGGAGGGACAUUUGUGCUUGGCCAAAGAGUUGAUGUUUUUCUUGUCGCCCGAAACCAAAGCGCAACUUACCGAUCUGAUAGAUGAGGUUAUUGAUAUCUUUCUGUUCCCAUCAUCACGAGAGUAUCUCCACUUGCGAAAGUUCAAUAAGCUGAGGAACCCAACCUCGCCACCACCCGUCUGUCGCAGUCCGCACACCAUAGCAGCGGCUUGCGAUUUGUUGAUAGCACUUUGUCAGAAUUCUGUUCCUAACAUGAAGCUGCUAACUAAUACGCUUAUAGAUUUCGUAUGCACAGAUACGGAGCCGUUGCGCGAAUGGGACUUCUUACCGCCAGUUGGGCCGCGACCGAUAAAAGGAUUUUGUGGUUUGAAAAAUGCCGGUGCCACGUGUUACAUGAAUUCGGUGCUGCAACAAUUAUAUAUGGUGCCAUCCAUACGCGUCGGCAUACUGAAAGCUGAUGGCGCUGCUACAAUUGAGAAUGAGGAUUUUAGUGGUGAGUCUGAUGUGGCCAGUAUUAAUAGUGCGCUAUUCUCCAGUCCUGGUAGCGGUGAAGACAAUAGCAGCACUGAUGUGCGAAAAAACUAUCAUGUGGUGAUAUUGAAGUAUGUGCAGGCGAUAUUUGCCCAUUUGGGUCACAGUGCACUGCAAUACUAUGUGCCGCGUGGCCUUUGGGCGUACUUCAAAUUACAAGGCGAACCCGUGAAUUUACGUGAGCAACAAGAUGCUGUUGAAUUUUUCAUGUCACUAUUCGAAAGCCUGGAUGAAGGUCUCAAGGCUUUAGGUCAUACUCAACUAAUGAAUGCCACUUUGGGUGGUUCAUUUAGCGAUCAAAAGAUUUGCCAAGAAUGUCCGCAUCGAUAUUCCAAGGAGGAGCCAUUCAGUGUGUUCAGCGUGGAUAUUCGAAAUCAUAGCUCACUAACCGAAUCGUUGGAGCAGUAUGUAAAGGGUGAACUUCUAGAGGGAGCUGAUGCAUACCAUUGUGAUAAAUGUGAUAAAAAAGUAGUUACAGUUAAGCGGUUGUGUGUAAGAAAACUACCGCCUGUGUUAGCCAUUCAAUUAAAACGUUUCGAAUACGAUUACGAGCGCGUUUGCGCUAUUAAAUUUAACGAUUACUUUGAGUUCCCACGUGUACUCGAUAUGGAACCAUAUACAGUAUCUGGCUUAGCCAAACUGGAGGGUGAAGUCGUCGAGGUGGGCGAUAAUUGCCAAUCAAAUGGCGAAACUACCAAAUAUGAGUUAACUGGCAUUGUGGUACAUAGCGGACAGGCCUCCGGUGGCCAUUACUUUAGUUACAUACUUUCUAAGAAUCCCUCCACUGGUAAGGAGCAAUGGUAUAAAUUCGACGAUGGUGAGGUGAGCGAAUGCAAAAUGCACGAGGAUGAAGAGUUGAAAGCACAAUGCUUUGGCGGUGAUUACAUGGGCGAGAUUUAUGAUAAUAAUUUGAAGCGCAUGCAAUACAGACGUCAAAAGCGAUGGUGGAAUGCAUAUAUGCUGUUCUAUACACGUUACGAUCAAAAGCCUGUACAAUUUGAACCUUGUGUGGAGCAAUUGUCAUUGGCAGAAAGUCGCAAUUUCGUAUUGCCGCUGCCAAAGCCGAUCGAGCGCAGUGUACGCCAUCAAAAUAUACGAUUUUUACACUCAAAGAGCAUAUUCUCUGUGGAAUUCUUCAAUUUCAUUAAGAAAUUAGUUAGCUGCAGUAUUCCUUCAACACGUCCCGAUAAAAUGACACCAGCUGCUGAAGAACUUUCAUUGUUGGGUGUGCAAUUAGCAUCGCAAUUCUUAUUCCACACAGGUUUUAGAACGAAAAAAUCGCUGCGUGGACCUGUUAUAGAAUGGUAUGAUACACUAUCACAUCACAUUCGCUUCUCCUCAUUGGUGCGCAAAUGGUUUGCAAAUAAUGCGCUUCUCAAUCCUGCGUCUCGUCUCGGCGAAUAUAUCUUAAUGGCUCCAUCACCGGAGGUACGCACUGUAUUUGUAAAGUUGGUAGUUUUCUUCUGCCACUUUGCUAUAGCCGACGAGCCGCUGGCUGGCUACGAAGGCAGCAAUCUGUGUGAACAGAUUUUGAUUAGCGUAUUGGAACUGCUGAAGUGUGAGGCUGUCGAUUAUGGCAAGCAUUUGCCACACUACUUUAGUUUAUUCAGCAUGUACGUGGGCUUGGGUAUACCAGAAAAGCAGCAGUUGUUGAAGUUGAAUGUGCCCUUUAUAUUCAUGCAAGUCGCUUUGGAUGAAGGUCCUGGUCCAUCGAUAAAAUACCAGUAUCCCGAACUGAGCAAGUUGCAUCAGGUAGUUUCGCAUUUAAUACGUUGCAGCGAUAUCUCUGACAAGUGCCAGAAUUCGAAUCAAAAUGCACAACCUCUUGAGAAUCCAUAUAAAGAUCCAAAUAUAAGGCGCGAGGAACUCAUGCCAUUAUCGCCAGAAUGUGCGGACAUACUCUUUAAUCGUACCGGUUACAUUAAGAAGCUAAUAGAGGACACAGCUGUUGGUGAGGAAGGUAUCAAGCUACUACAGUACUGCAGCUGGGAAAAUCCACAUUUCUCACGUGCCGUACUAACAGAACUGCUGUGGCAAUGCGGUUUCGCUUAUUGCCACGAUAUGCGCCAUCACACCGAACUGUUGCUGCAUAUAUUACUAAUCGAGGAUUCGUGGCAACAUCAUCGCAUACAUAAUGCGCUCAACGGUGUAGCGGAGGAGCGCGAAGGCUUGCUGGAGACGAUACAGCGCACAAAGACACAUUAUCAAAAGCGCGCAUACCAAAUAAUCAAAUGCCUUACACAACUAUUCCACAAAUCACAGGUGGCCCUACAGAUGCUGAACUCGAACGCCAGUAUCGCACGGCACUGGACCAUGGCAGUGGAAUGGUUGCAAGAUGAAUUGGAACGGCAACGUAGUUGUCAAUACAAUUCAUAUUCGUGGUCACCACCCGCACAGAGCAAUGACAACACAAAUGGCUACAUGCUCGAACGUUCACAAUCUGCCAAGAAUACAUGGUCCAUGGCGUAUGAAUUAUGCCCUGAAGAGGAACAAGAAGAGACCAACGAGUCGGAUAUCGAGCCAACCGAUGAGACGCAACGACAGCAACAACAAAUUACACAAACCCUGCAGACACCCGCCGUGGGUGAUGCGCUUACAAGUGAUACAGUACCGGCAAGUCCAGCACACAAACCGUUUAUUGUGGGCAUGGCUCCGGGUUGCACCAUUGACUGGUCUGCUGCGAAUACAUUUUCGGUUGAUAGUCAAACAGCAACAACUACGACCACUUCUACCACAAGCAGUGGAAGUGGUGUUGGCGUCGGCGUCGGCGUCGGCAUUGGUGUUGGCGGCGGAACUAGCAGUAGUGUUGUGACAGCUGUAAAUAGCACUGAACCACAGCAAGCCGCAACAGAUGCGAAUAUCAAUGGCUUGACGGCGAACGUGAAGCAGCUGGCACUCUCUCCAAAAACGUCCACCAGCGGCGGCAUUGGUGAGACGACAAUGACUUCAAUGACGACAAUGAUGACUGGCCAAGACAUCGAAAACUCCAAGCAAGCAGUGCUGACAACACAGCAGCAACUCCAACAGCAGCAGCAGACAAUGGCAAUAAUAUCGCCGGCACUUAUGCAACACCAACAACCAGCAGUAGCAGUAGUGACGUUAGCAUUAACAACAACAACAACAACAACAACAACAUCAACCACAACGAUUUCAAUCAGUUUGCCUGUAAAUACAAUAAUUGCAACAGCUACAACCACAACGCCAGCAACAGUAACACCAACAGCAACAACACUAAUAAACACCCUCACAGCGGUAGCAACAUCAACGACAGCCAACAAAUUGGAAAGUAGCGAUAAAAUGACAACAAAAACAACACUGAACUCAGAAGAACAGCGCAUAACGUAGAUGAAGUUUAAAAAAAUGAAUUAAGAAACAAUGAAAAUAUAAAAAUAAACAAGAAAAUGAAAGCAAAAGAGAGAAAACAUUUACGUAAGACGUGCGUUCUUUCAACAUUUAUGAAGCAAAUACACACCCCUACAUGUAUACAAACAUACAUGCAUAUAAAAUAUAUAGAGGAGCAAAGAAGCGUCAGUGCGAAUGGCAACACAAACAAAGAUGCAAAUAUUAUUAAUUUAAUUUAUUCAUUAUGAUAAUAAUAAUACAAGAAAAUAUUGCAAAUAACAAAAUCAAGCGAAAAGCGAAAUGAAGGCAGGCAGGCAGCAAGUAAGCAAAGCGAUAGAAAGAAAAGAUGCAAGCGGUAUGCCGCCCGCUGUGCGUUUGACAGCCUGGGUGGUGCAAGCUGGACGAGUAUCGCAAAGGAGGCAGAGGAACUUGGCGGCAGCAAUAUGCGCUGAUUCGUGAGCUCACUUAGUUCAUUCAACGUGCUAAAGCGCCUAAAAGCAGAUUUCAUACAAUGCAAUGGAACUCACUAUGGCGUGCACACAACUAAGUGCUCAGCGUGUGCACGGCUUUUAAGUGCUCACAUUGCACUUAGCUGUGGUGUGUAAUAAAAGUCGGCGAAGGCUUUGGAUGGCUCUGCAGAGACCGGCAACAGCCAUGCACUGCAUACUAAAUAUAUUUAAAUAUGGUUUUCAAACGAACUAAAUGGAAAAAAAAAAUUAAUACAUACAAGCCCACAAAGAAAAGCACACGCAUAAAAGUGCAUAAUACAUGCACAUACAUACAUACAUACAUGUAUGAAUGUUUGUUAUGCAGCGCAGAGUGGAAGGAAGGAACAUGAGAAGAGGCGGUAAAAGAAAGAAGUCUAAGCUAAGUUAUAAGUCCAAAUUAGUUUACUGAUGGAUGAUAGUGAUAAGCAUGAUGAGCUAAAUAUGCAAAUGAAUCACUUAUGCAUUAAACAUUAAUAUAAAAAAAAAGAAUGACACAAAAACUAGAGAGCUGUAGUGCACACACACACAUACACGAACAACAACAACAACAACACCACUACAGUAACACAUUGCUUGAAGCGAAAAGGAAACUAAAAUAAUUUCUAUGCUUUACGGUAACUAAGCGAAAUGUUGAGACGUGCGAGUAGAGGAAGCGAAUUGAAAAAAAAGAAAAGAAAUUGCGUUUGGUGUGAAGGUAAAAACCAAACAAUUAAAUUUAAUUUAAUUGCAAAUUUACUUCACACAAUUUUAAAUUAUUAUCCAAGCAAAUAAAAAA